UUCACAAAGUGUUUAUUUUUAUUUUUUUGGAAAAAAAUUUUCAGAAAAAUUUUGAAAAUAAAAAUACUGGAGAGAAAUUUUGAUCAAUUUGAAAAUUUUUGAUACAAAAUUUCAUAUUUCAUACGAAGAAUUUGAUUUUCACUCUAUCAAGCAGUGUUUUUCUCGAUCAGUGUUUCAUCUUCCUGUAGAAAUCAUGCUGAAACCAAAUGCAGUCAAAUUAACUUUACCUAAGAUCAUGCUACCGAACGCCGAUCAUGAAUAUGUCCAACCGAAGAAAGCUGUUCACAAUGAAAGUAUGAUGAAGGAAUGGGAGAAUUCAGAAGCUUAUAACGAGUAUUUCGGUUUCAUCAAAGCUAUGAACAUCGCAGUCCGAGGCAAACCAUUAUCUUACGAAUGCCACACAUCCGAAAUCACCCUGGGUAUAAUUUCAUUGCUGAAAUCAUUAGACCAGAUGGUGACUGAAACACCACCUAUUGAUCAACCUCAGCGAUUCGGAAACAAAGCGUUUAAAAUUUGGUACGAGAAACUUCAAAAGGAAGCCGGUACUCUAUUGAAAGAAAAUUUACCCGAAGAAUUUCACAAAUCAUUGCCUGAAAUAGCCGACUAUCUGACUGAAAGUUUUGGAAAUUCUACUCGCAUAGAUUACGGUACCGGACACGAAAUGUCAUUCUGUAUGUUCCUCUGUUGUUUAUUCAAAAUCGGAGCUUUCAAAGAAGAAGAUUGCGUAGCUGUCGUGAACAAAGUUUUCAAUAGAUACAUGGAGUUAGUACGCCGAUUACAGACUACUUAUCGAAUGGAACCUGCUGGCAGUCACGGUGUAUGGAGUUUAGACGAUUAUCAAUUCGUCCCAUUUAUUUGGGGUAGUUCGCAGUUUGUUGGGCGUCCUAUUAUCGAACCUAAUAUGUUCGUGCAAGAAAGUGUGAUAAAGAAGUACGCAUCGGAGUAUAUGUUCAUUGGAUGUAUUAAUUAUAUUACUACGGUCAAAUCUGGCCACUUUUCCGAACAUUCUAAUCAAUUAUGGAAUAUAAGUGGUAUAGCUACGUGGAGUAAAGUUAACGAAGGACUGAUUAAAAUGUAUCAAGGAGAAGUUUUGAAUAAGUUUCCAGUUGUCCAACACGUACUGUUUGGUUCUCUAAUACGGUUUGUUCCAUUUGACAAAAAUGUCCAAUCUUCGAGUCAAAGCAGUUCUGAUGCUUUCAAAAAACCAGUCGCUGGCGACGGUUGAAAAAAUUUAAAUAAUAUUGAUUUUUGUUUAUUUUUUUUUGCUGAAUUGUAAUUUAUUUAAUUUAUUCUACUUCAUUACUUUUGAAUAAUGGUUCGAUUAAAAAAAGAAAUGAAUCGUUUUUUUAAAACUUAUAAUCUUGAAUUUUCAAAUUAUAAAUUUUAUUACCUGA